CCACCGUGUUCCUAGUAUCUUGCACUAGGCAUAGCCUAUAGUAGACACUCAGAAAAUCUGUGAAUUGAAAAUGAAAUUGAAACAGAACCUCUCAAGAAGCACUACACAGCAUGCAGCCUACAGGAAAUGCUCAAAGAAAGAAAACAGUGUGGAAGGAAUGCUGCUGAGGCCAGUAAGGGUGAGAGCUGAUGUGGCACCAUGUGAGAUUUGAGUUGAGCCUAGUGAGUUUUUCUCGCAGGAAGAAUAGAUUCAAUAUUUUUUUUCACCUUUACUUUGUUUACUUUGUCCUGGGGAUGCAGAAAUCCAUCAAAACUGAUCUUUGUUCUAAAGAGCUCACAGUCUGGUGGGGAAGACAAACACAGUCCUUGAUAUAUAAGAUGGAAAUGUACUGUGGGAGGACAGAGAUGAGGAAGAGCUAGUAAACUUGGAAGGCUUCACAGAAGAGGUGACAUUGGAGCUCAGUCUUAAAGCUUGGCGUUCAGUAGGGUAGGAAUUCUAGCGCAAACCAGUCUGUGCAAAAACCUUGAUAAAUGCCGUGGUUGUCAGACUUCUAUGUGCGUUAAGAAUCACUGGAGAAGUCUGUUUAUAAUGCAGAUUCCAAGGCUAUACCUCCCGGGAAAUUUCUGGUUCUAUAGGUGAGGGCAUCCACUUUAAUAAGCUUUACAGGACCACACUCUUUAAAACCUCUUUAUGUGCUCCCAUUGUCGUUGGAGGUGGGGGGCAGCGGUGGCGGGAGAUGAGGGUGGAGAGAGCUUUGCCCACCCGGGCUUCUGGGUCUCCAUAGGAGCACACUGUCACAAUAAAAACAAAUUCAUUUUGAGUCGCGCUUUCAGGGUAGUAGAUGCUUUCGUGUGCCGUACUUUGUCGGAGUCCCGCAACAACUCUGUGGGGUAGAAAUUAAGAGUCUCAUUUCAUAGGGGAGGAAACUGAGGCUCAGAGAGGGGAGAUUUGCUCAAGGUCACGAAGCGAAAGGUGGCAGGGCAGAGACCGAAAGCCAGGCUAGCAGAUUCCCAGCUCAGAGACUUUCCGGCUACGAAGGGAGGCCGCGAGUGGGUGGGGCUCAGGCCCUUGCUCCAGACUGCUUCCAAAAUGGUGGGGGCCUUGGCGUCAGCAACGCCCCCGCCCCUUCCGUCCACCUCCCUGCUUCUUCCCCAGGCCACCCAGGCGGGGGGAGGGGAUGGAACGGAUCAGCCCACGUGACUGCCGACAACCUGGCGCGUGACGCAGAGCGGCGGGCCCGGCGCUCGCCUUGCCUUGUGGGAAACGUAGUUCCGUAGACCGUCAAGCUGGCCAGGAAGGCGGGACCUAGGACUACAUUUCCCAGGAGGCCGCGGGGCGACGCCGCAGCUGACGCCGUCGGAGAGCUGGGACGCGGGGCGCGCUGUCGGGCGGGGGGCAGGUUCGGGCCGGUUGUGCCGUUGCGAGGCUGCUGCUGCGAUCGCUGAGGUGGGCCCAGAGUUGUAUCCUGACUUUGUAAAUUGGAGAAGCCAGUGCGGCACUGCCAGUAUUCUUUGAGGUAGUGUCUGUUUGGGGUCUGGUGCAAGUCGAAUCAUUGUUCAAAUAAGGUGUAAUUGAAAAGCGACCCUCUCUUUAGAGAUGUCAAAAACAAACAAAUCUAAGUCUGGAUCUCGCUCUUCUCGAUCAAGAUCUGCAUCAAGAUCUCGUUCUCGUUCGUUUUCGAAGUCUCGGUCCAGAAGUCGGUCUGUCUCUCGUUCAAGGAAACGCAGGCUGAGUUCUAGGUCUCGUUCCAGAUCAUAUUCUCCAGCUCAUAACAGAGAGAGAAAUCACCCAAGAGUAUAUCAGAACCGGGAUUUCCGAGGUCACAACAGAGGCUAUAGAAGGCCCUAUUAUUUCCGUGGGCGCAACAGAGGCUUUUAUCCAUGGGGCCAGUACAACCGAGGAGGCUAUGGAAACUACCGCUCAAAUUGGCAGAAUUACCGGCAAGCAUACAGUCCUCGUCGGGGCCGUUCCCGAUCCCGGUCCCCAAAGAGAAGGUCCCCUUCACCAAGGUCCAGGAGCCAUUCUAGAAACUCCGAUAAGUCUUCCUCUGACAGGUCAAGGCGUUCCUCAUCCUCUCGUUCUUCCUCCAACCACAGCCGAGUUGAAUCUUCUAAGCGCAAGUCUGCAAAGGAGAAAAAGUCUUCUUCCAAGGAUAGCCGGCCGUCUCAGGCUGCCGGGGAUAACCAGGGAGAUGAGGCCAAGGAGCAGCCGUUCUCUGGAGGCACCUCUCAAGACACAAAAGCGUCUGAGAGCUCAAAGCCGUGGCCAGAUGCCACCACAUACAGUGCUGGUUCUGCAUCACGGGCCUCAGCCGUGUCUGAGCUGAGUCCUCGGGAACGAAGCCCGGCUCUCAAAAGCCCCCUCCAGUCUGUGGUGGUGAGGAGACGGUCACCUCGUCCUAGCCCUGUGCCCAAACCUAGCCCUCCGCUUUCCAGCACAUCCCAGAUGGGCUCAACUCUGCAGAGUGGUGCUGGGUACCAGGCUGGGACACACCAAGGUCAGUUUGACCAUGGCUCGGGGUCCUUGAGUCCAUCCAAAAAGAGCCCCAUGGGUAAGAGUCCACCGGCCACUGGCUCCACAUAUGGCUCAUCUCAGAAAGAGGAGGCUGCUGCUCCAGGCGGAGCAGCCUAUACAAAGAGGUAUCUAGAUGAGCAGAAGACAGAGAAUGGAAAGGAUAAGGAACAGAAACAAACAAAUACUGAUAAAGAGAAAAUGAAAGAGAAAGGGAGCUUCUCUGAUGCGGGCUUGGGUGAUACAAAAAUGAAAUCUGAUCCAUUUGCUCCCAAAACUGAUACUGAGAAGCCUUUUCGGGGUAGCCAGUCUCCUAAAAGGUAUAAGCUCCGAGAUGACUUUGAGAAGAAGAUGGCUGACUUCCACAAGGAGGAGAUGGAUGAUCAAGAUAAAGACAAGGCUAAAGGAAGGAAGGAAUCUGAGUUUGAUGAUGAACCCAAAUUCAUGUCGAAAGUUGUAGCAGGUGCAAACAAAAACCAGGAUGAGGAAAAGUCAGGCAAAUGGGAGGGCCUGAUGUACGCACCUCCAGGGAAGGAAAAGCAAAGAAAAACGGAGGAGUUGGAGGAGGAGUCUUUCUCAGAGAGAUCCAAAAAGGAGGAUCGGGGAGGACCCAAGAGAACCGAAAGUGGGCACAGGGGAUUUGUGCCUGAAAAAAAUUUCCGAGUGACUGCUUACAAAGCAGUCCAGGAGAAAAGCUCAUCACCUCCCCCGAGAAAGACCUCUGAGAGCCGAGAGAAGCUAGGAGCCAAAGGAGACUUUUCCACGGGGAAGUCUUCCUUUUCCAUUACUCGAGAGGCCCAGGUCAAUGUCCGGAUGGACUCUUUUGAUGAGGACCUUGCAAGACCCAGUGGCUUACUGGCUCAGGAACGAAAGCUUUGUCGGGAUCUAGUUCAUAGCAACAAAAAGGAACAGGAAUUUCGAUCCAUUUUCCAGCACAUACAGUCAGCUCAGUCUCAGCGGAGCCCUUCAGAACUGUUUGCCCAGCAUAUAGUGACCAUUGUUCACCAUGUUAAAGAGCAUCACUUUGGGUCCUCAGGAAUGACAUUGCAUGAACGCUUUACUAAAUACCUAAAGAGAGGAAGCGAGCAGGAGGCAGCUAAAAACAAGAAAAGCCCAGAGAUUCACAGGAGGAUAGACAUUUCCCCCAGUACAUUCAGAAAACAUGGUUUGGCUCAUGACGAAAUGAAAAGUCCCCGGGAACCUGGCUACAAGGCUGAGGGAAAAUACAAAGAUGAUCCUGUUGAUCUCCGCCUUGAUAUUGAACGUCGUAAAAAACAUAAAGAGAGAGAUCUUAAACGAGGUAAAUCAAGAGAAUCAGUGGAUUCCCGAGACUCAAGCCACUCGAGGGAAAGAUCAGCUGAGAAAACAGAGAAAACUCAUAAAGGAUCAAAGAAGCAGAAGAAGCACCGGAGAGCACGAGACCGGUCCAGGUCAUCAUCCUCUUCCUCCCAGUCAUCCCACUCCUACAAAGCGGAAGAGUACACUGAAGAGACCGAGGAGAGAGAGGAGAGUACCACGGGCUUUGACAAAUCAAGACUGGGGACCAAAGACUUCGUGGGUCCAAGUGACAGAGGAGGCAGAGCUCGAGGGACCUUUGUAAGACCCUGCCCCCUCUCCCUUUCUCUAAGCCCUUACUCCCACCAAUUCUAAUUAUGUUCUUAUCAGAAUACUUAGUUUGUUGCCCUUGAUACAAGUAAUUCAGUCUAAAGACCCUAGAAUCUGUGGUUUCCCAAUCCCCAGGCUUUCCAUUUUUAGUGUUUUUGUUUGUUUUUUUCCUGUUCAUAAUCACUUAGCCAGAAAGUCUCUUAGGGCUUCUCUUCCGAACUUCCUCACUUGUCU